UUCCUCCUCUUCUACAAUAACAAGUCUUAAACCUUGUCACUUGAGCUUCUAACUGGUCUUUCGACAGUAUCAAAAGAUGUCGAGCAGGAGAAACAGAGCGAGGCAAUCAGGCUCGUCCAGGAUCACGGAUGAACAGAUCAAUGAUCUGGUCUCCAAGCUGCAAUCCGUCCUCCCCGAGGCCGGCAUUCGCAGAAACGAUAGAGCAUCGGCAGCCAAGGUGCUGCAGGAAACCUGCAACUACAUCAGAAGCUUGCACCGGGAGGUCGAUGACUUGAGCGAGAGACUGUCGAAGCUGCUGGAAGAAAGCAGUAGCGAUCAAGCUGCCAUCAUUAGGAGCUUGCUCAUGUGAUGCUUCAGUGUCGAUCGACUCGCUCGCUAGCUCAACUUAAAGAAGAAUCUCUAGCUAUUCCAAUGCAUUCGCGUAAUUUUGCUAGUACUAGCUUUUGUGUUUUUAACUAGCUUGUACUCUCAAUUUUCUAUCUUGAAAUGCUUUUGUUGAAUCAAUGUUCAGACUGAAGGCAAGAAUA